AUGCCUUCCCCGUACGACCCAGAAUAUUUCAAGGCCUUUGAGCCCAUGAUCCCCAUGCUCGCCGCCCAGCCCAAGCACGCCGUGCACGACGUUCAAGGUCGCCGUACCGGCUUUGAAAGCGCCAUUACGGCGCUCAAAGAUCUCGUCCCGCCAUCCCCCGACGUCGAGCAGAAGGAAUACAGCAUCACCACGCCGGCGGGUGUGACGCUGUCCGUGUUCGGCUUCACCAAGAAAGGCACGUCGACGGAAAAAACACCUGGCCCGGCCCUCCUGCACUGCCACGGUGGCGGCAUGAUCUUGGGUUCGGUGAGGAUGUCUGCCUCGGCAGUCGCGUGGCAGACCCAGCAGACCGGUGUAUCGAUCUUCAGCGUCGAAUACCGCCUGGCCCCGGAGUCGCAGGGCACGAAUCUGGUCGAGGACUGCUACGCCGGGCUCGUGUGGCUCUCGCAGAACGCCGCGUCCCUGAAUGUCGACCCGACCCGCAUCGGCGUCUUUGGCGAGUCCGCGGGCGGGGGCCUCGCUGCGGGUGUGGCCCUCAUGGCGCGCGACAAGGGCCUCUCGCCGCCCCUCGCCAAGCAGAUUCUGAUCUACCCCAUGCUCGACGACCGCAACAACGUCCCCAACGAGCACCUCGAGCCCUUCGCCUUCUGGAAGGUCGAAGACAACAUCACCGGCUGGACCGCGCUGCUGGGCGCCGACAAGGCCGGCAUCCCCGACGCCGACGUGUCCCACUACUGCGCGCCGGCCCGGGCGAAAUCUCUUGCGGGGCUGCCGCCCACGUACAUCGACAUAGGCGGCUUGGAUAUCUUCCGCGACGAGGAUAUUGAGUAUGUCAGGAGGCUCGCGCUGGAGAAUAUCGAGGUGGAAUUCCACUUGUAUCCCGGCGUGCCGCAUGCCUUUGAGAUAUUUGCGCCGGACGCGACCGUGACGAAACGGGCCUUUGAGAACAGAUUCAAGAGCAUGAAGGGCUUUUGA